CAGAGAGUACGGGGUAUGCGUUUCAAACCGAAGUGGAGGUGGAGGGGGGGAUUUCUGAUUCGCCAAGCAGCGCUCUGAUGGUUCGGUGCGCUCACAGAGGAGCGGGGAGGAUGCAGAGGAGGGAGAGACAGUGAUGCGGUGACACAUGGCUGCCCGUACCGCCUGCACGCUCUGACUGCGGCUUCCACUCUCCAUUCACCGGGAAACAGGAGAGGCUGCCUGGACACUGGGAUGCUGAGAGACGCUGCUGGAGGCUGCCGCAACCACAGACCGGGAUCAACCAAACAAACGAGCCCUGAAGAAACCGGGGACCACAUAGACUAGACUGCUGAGCGGAUACCCUGCUGAUCUUUUUACCUUUUGUGUGCCUGAGGGUUUUUGUCCCUGCCGAGCCGCCGUAGCGAUGGGAGAUAACAUGUCCAAGCGACUGAAGCUGAUCUCGGCUACAGAGGCAGAGAUGGAGGAGCGCUCUUUUCCAAACCCGUACCCGGACUGGGACCAGGGAGUCCUCACCUCCAACUCCGGAGCCGACGUAGACUACAAUGAACCUUUUGAUGCAGAAGGAAAGGUGAGUGCAGGAUUCCAGAAGAAGGUCCAGAGUAAGAUCAAAGAUCUCCUCCUGCAGAUGGAGGAGGGCCUGAAGACUGCUGACCCCCAUGACUUCUCCACUUACACUGGCUGGACAGGUAUUGCCUUGCUGUACCUGCAGCUGCACCGGGUCUCCGACGAGGCCUCCCACCUGCAGAGGGCACUGGACUAUGUGAAGAGGGCCAUGAGGAUCCUGAACGGCCGCAAAGUGACGUUCCUGUGUGGUGAUGCGGGGCCACUGGCAGUGGGCGCAGUGGUCCACCACAAACUCAACAACACUGCUGACAGCCAAGACUGUCUGUCAAGACUCCUCCAGCUGCAGAGGGCAGUGCUGAGCCCAGACUCCGAGAUGCCAGAUGAGCUGCUGUACGGCCGGGCCGGCUACCUGUUCGCUCUGCUCUACAUCAACAAAGAGAUAGGAGCUGACACGGUGGACGAGAGCACCAUCACGAAGGUGGUGACAGCCAUGAUGGAAUCAGGGAAGAACAUGUCAGCGGAGCAGAAGAAGACGGAUCGCUGCCCUCUGCUCUACGAAUGGCACAAAAAGCAGUACAUCGGGGCGGCCCACGGCCUGGCCGGCAUCUACUGCCUACUCAUGCAGCCGGGAGCAAAGGUCCCUCUAGACAUGCUGUCGGAGCUGGUCCGUCCCAGCAUCGACUAUGUCCGCCACAAGAAGUUUCGUUCGGGGAACUUCCCGUCGUCUCUGAGCAACGAGAGCGACCGUCUGGUUCACUGGUGCCACGGAGCGCCGGGCGUCAUCCACAUGCUUCUCAUGGCUCAUAAGGUGUUUAAGGAGGAGAAGUACUUGAAGGAAGCUGCAGACUGUGCUGAGGUGAUCUGGCAGCGCGGCCUGCUCAGGAAAGGCUACGGUAUCUGCCACGGCACCGCUGGCAACGGCUACGCCUUCCUGUCCCUUUACAAGGUCACCCAAGACAAGAAAUACCUGUACCGGGCCUGCAAGUUUGCUGAGUGGUGUUUGGACUACGGCACCCACGGCUGUCGCAUCCCGGACAGACCCUACUCUCUCUUUGAAGGUAUGGCGGGGGCCAUCCACUACCUCUCAGAGAUGGCGGUGCCCGAAGCUUCCUGUUUCCCUGCCUUUGAACUUUGACCUGCCAACUGACGGGACCGGGGGUGAUGAAAAGGAGGGGGCGGGGACAAACUGACCUGAGUUUUUACUCAAACACAGGAUGAGUAUGUACUUGCGAUACAGCUUUCAGCCGUGGUCGUGAAUGAGUGUCGACCAAAUCAGACUGAGGAUGAGCCUGGAACAAAUCUUAAGAAAUGUCCAUUAAGAAAAAGGGACAGAAGGACAAUGUUGAUGGAGUUGUCUCUAGCUUCCUUUUGGGCCUUUCAGGAACUCUGAGGUCGCCUGUCGUCGUCGGCAUGGACACAGACGAUCGCGCCCUCAGCCUUUAAUAUCGUAGCGCCGAGAAAGAGGGUGUGUGUGUGUAUGUGUGUGUUUUGGUAUUCCUAUGCCUCUGCAUGCUCACUGUAAAUGGCUUUUGGUGCCUCAUAUCCUGUCGAUGUAGUGGUUUUCCUCUUCCUGUACCUGUAGCUGUGCUGUUUCUCCAGGUGUUUGUCACAUGGUGGGAAAAAGUUUCAAAACUAGUCUGCCUAGCUUGCCAACAUUACCACUGAUUCCCACUAGAUGUUACUUUCAGCUCAUGUUAUUUCCACACCUGCUGAGUCAUUAACAGUUUCUGCACACUCAAAUUCACAAAAAUAAUUUAUUUUUCACUUUGACUUGGAGCAGUAUAAAUGAAUGUGAUUUAGAACAAAGUAACACAGAAAUCAUGAUAAGCUCCUGUCCUGAAGCCAAAAGCUAGUUAGCUUGUUUUGAUAACAUGUUCCUUUUACUUUACUUUUCAACCAUUUUAAAUGGAGGUUAUCUCUUAUUUUUGUUGCCCAGCUGAAAUAUAAAGACAGAGGAAUUUUUUCCCCACAAUGUGACAGAUGUCUGAAUUGAAAUAAAAGCUUUUUACUUUGUUGUUUAGGCACCAGAAAAAACAACCUUGUUUUGCAUUGAUAUAAUUUCUGCUGAAACUUGUCCAAGCUACAUUAUUUAAUUUAAAUAAUUGAAUUAUAGUAUUGUAUCCCCACACAUGGAUUUGUGUACAAUAUAUUAUGACACAUGACGGUUUAAAUAAUUUAGUGACGAAAGACAUUUAAAGUCAGACCUCUGUCUCGUGCACGUUCGAACAUGGAAGAACUGGCCUGUAUGGUUGGGUUUACAUCAGCAGGUGUAAACUUGAUACUAUUAAAACAAAAAGGGGUAAUUUGAGAAUUUUCUCCUACUGUCAACAAAGUGAUGUCUGUGAUGGACAGUUACCCCCCCCCCCAACCUAAUUGUUGUAUGUACCAUGUCUUCAAAUGAUUUCACCUAUUCUCUUUUUGAAAAGUGAGUCAUCACUGGUGAAUUGUGGGAUAAGUCUGGGACGAGUUUUUCGGAAGUGGAAGGUCAGUCUUCAAAUGCAGCCUCUGAACAGAGACACAGCUACUGAAGCUAAACCAAAGGUGGCUAAGCAAAGCGUCAAUUAGUGCAUCGUUUCAUGCUGCGUUCCUAUUGGCUGUUUAGUAGACGCAGGUCGUAGCAGAACUCACAUUAUUAGGUGGUCAACCUAAAAUUCUGACUAACAACAAAACCAACAUCGUCACUGGGUUUCUCUCUGGUUUAGUUUAGUCAGGUCUCCAUGUGUCUCCUUCAGGCUCAGCUGUAAAGUAGAGUAAAAUCCAAGAUGUCCGACAGCACGUGAAUGCACAUAAAUGCCUAAUUCUCUUGCAGAGAUCUCGUCAUGAAUGUCAUUGCAUGAGAAUAAUGUCACAUGUGAAAUUAUGUGCGUCCUGGUUCACUGGUCCUUUUUAAAUGUAUUUGGUGGUGAUGUGUGUCCCGCUCCCAGCACCGAGGACUCUGGACAUUAAUGGAGACGUGUUAAGUGUUUGACCUUUGUCCCUGUAUGUGGAUUUGACUCGGCCUAAUUGGUGUUAAGAUAUGACUGUGUGCUUAUUUUUUCCUCAUUAAACUCCUGGGCUUCAGUGACAGAGCAGUGACAUGUAACUAAGUGUUUUUCCCCAACAAAAGGUCAAAUGACAGAAUUCAUGCAAAGUUUGGAAAUAAAAUGAAUAGAGCUCCUAUA